GCUUUCACAUUCAAAGGACAUAUUGUACAGUAAUGCGAUCAAUUCUUUGGUUUCUCUAUUUCCUGCUUGCGUUUGUGUCUACUUCAAGUUAUAACAAUAUUUCUGCGUGUUAUGCUUUAUUGUCUGUUUAAAAACAUCUCAGAAUGUAGAAGCAUAAAGAGUUUGGCCUAAGUAAACACCACCAAGGCUCUGUCUUUGUGUCCGAUCAGAUGCAUUUCAGAACACGUUACCCCGACUAAAUGUCCUCCAGACUCACAUUUGUGAGCUGAUCAGAAAGAAGCCUUGUAUCCGUCUUUUCACGCUUGACAUUAAAGGGCCCAGCAAUUAAUUAUCUUGCACUGGGGCUACACCACCGAUUGCCUUGGUGGCACGAGAGGUAAUCGAGGGCCUAAGGUUCAAAGCAAAAUGGCAAAAAUAUAAGGAAAUAAUUGCUGGACUGCAAGAAUAUGAUGAACAACUGCAGAACCUGAAUAAACAAGUAUCAGAGCAAACAAUCAAGGAUGCAUUUAUGUCUGACUUCCCUUGCCCACCAUCAAAAUCUACAGAGAAACCAAAAUCAGUCCAUCAAUUGCGACCAGGUGAUAUUAAUGUUAUUGCUGCUAUGGGAGAUUCAUUAACAGCAGCAAAUGGAGCAGAAGCUAGUACAUUAAUUGGUGUAUUAACUGAAUUUAGAGGCAUAUCAUGGUCGAUUGGUGGUGAUGAUGAUAUAACUGAAGUUCACAGUUUACCAAAUGUUUUUAAAUACUACAACCCAUUAAUAUAUGGUUUUUCAACUGGAACUGGCACUGAAAAUCGAGCAAAUUCCAAAUUCAAUGUGGCUGUACCAGCGUCCAUAUCAGAAGAUAUGCCAUUGCAGGCUGAAGAACUUAUUCAGAGAAUGAGAGAAGAUCCGAACACCGACUUCUAUAAUGAUUGGAAAAUCAUCACAAUAUUCAUUGGGGCAAAUGACCUCUCUGGGUGGUGUGAUAAUGAAGAGCGUUUCACAGCUGAGAAGUAUGAAGCCAAUAUACGAGAUGCCUUAGAUAUUUUACACAGUAAUGUACCUCGUGCCCUUGUUAAUGUGGUUGGAAUUAUUGAUAUCACCCAGUUAGCUAAGUUGAAAGGAGUCAUUUGCAGUGUUGUGCACCUUGCGGUCUGUCCAUGUGCUGUGUAUGGGGAGCGGAUUGAACAACUGUCAGAUUUAUCCCACCAAUACCAACAAAUGAUUGAGAAACUUAUUCUGAGUGGUCGCUAUGACACCAAGGAAGAUUUUACAGUUGUCUUGCAGCCAUUUCUACAGCAGUCUAAAGUACCUGUUGAUAAGGAUGGGAAUGGUGACCUGACCUAUUUUGCUCCAGACUGCUUUCAUUUUAGUUUAAAGAGUCAUGCUGCUGGUUCUGUUGGCUUAUGGAAUAAUAUGAUACAACCAGUAGGAAGUAAGUCAGAUGUCUGGGUUGUAGGUGAAGAUUAUCAGUGUCCAUCAGAGAUUUUUCCAUACUUGUAUACAAAUCUCAACAGCGAGCCAGACUGGGAGCCAUUGUAUCCAGAACGAUCGGAAAAUUACCUUGCGGAAUCAAACUCCGGGAAAAAUGGAAUGUCCGGGGUGCAUAUUGUAAUUGCGGCAAUGUUGUCAAUGAUUGGAGUGAUUCUUAUUCUGCUAGUUGUCUUCAUGCGAGUUAAAGUGCAACGUCUCCAAUACCAUGCUAUUUGAUUUAUAAGUGUUUUGGUAUUGGGUGUGUGUGUGGGUGUGUGUGUGUGUGUGUGUGUAGGAGGGUGUGUAAUAUUAUGUAUGUGUCUGUGUUGUACAUGAAUUUCAGAAUUAUAAAGAUGCAAUAG